AUGCAAAAGAGUGAAGCAGCUGCAGGACAGCCACAGUGCGGACAGAGGAUGAUUUUUACAGGCCCAGAUGGAAUCGGAGACUACCGGCCGAGAUCAAAUUAUUUCCCCCGGUACAUCGGUGCAGGCGCCUCAUCACCUGAGGCCACAGGUGACCUCGGUUACUUGUGCCAAGCCACACCACAUGCACCUCCUCCUUUGCACAGACAGAGCUGGGUAGGGGAGGUUGGCUGGGGCUGGCAGUGUAACCAGCUGUUGAACAGCGGGGUGCUGCUCAGCAACAUGCAAAUUAAGAAGACGGAUAUACGGACAGCGUUGGAGGACAGAGUGACUCAGAGGUUCCAGAACAAACAGAAGAACAUGAUGGAUGACUCACUCCGAGUCAACACCAAGUUUCACAGAGACACUCAGAGCUAA